AUGCUUCUGUUCUCCGAGCAAGCCUUUGAAAAGCAUUCGCCCUUGAAAGUUUUGUGGUUCAGGAAUCUCCUGAUAAACCAGUGCGGACAAAAGGAACAAGCUGUUGAAUGGUAUAAGAAAGGAAUUGAAGAACUGGAAAAAGGAAUAGCUGUCUUAGUAAUUGGUCAAGGUGAUCAGUGUGAACGGGCUCGACGUCUGCAAUCUAAAAUGAUGACAAAUUUGGCAAUGGCCAAGGAUCGCUUGCAGCUUUUAGAGAAGCUGCAGGCAGUUUUGCAAAUUUCCAAGCCGCAAAUGGAGGUCUAUAAUGACAGUACUAACCUGGCAUGCCGCAAUGGACAUCUCCAGUCAGAAAGUGGAGCGGUUCCAAAAAAGAAGGAUCCUUUAACACACACGAGUAAUUCUCUUCCUCGUUCAAAAACUGUUGCAAAAACUGGAUCCACAGGCCUUUCAGGUCACCAUAGAACACCUAGCUACAGUGGGAUAUCAACACCUUCUGUGUCUAGACCAGCACCUAAUCCUGCAGCUUCAACUCAUAAGGCUGCACCUAAAAAUAGCAGAACAAAUAAGCCUUCUACUCCUACCACUGCUCCUCGAAAAAAGAAAGACUUGAAGAUAUUUAGAAAUGUGGACAGUAAUCUUGCUAAUCUUAUCCUCAAUGAAAUUGUUGAUAGUGGGCCAGCUGUCAAAUUUGAUGAUAUCGCAGGGCAGGAACUGGCUAAACAAGCCUUGCAAGAAAUUGUUAUCCUUCCUUCUCUUAGACCUGAGUUAUUUACAGGACUUAGAGCUCCUGCACGUGGUUUGUUGCUGUUUGGCCCACCAGGAAAUGGGAAGACAAUGUUGGCCAAAGCAGUUGCUGCAGAAUCAAAUGCUACCUUCUUUAAUAUAAGUGCAGCAAGCCUGACUUCAAAAUACGUCGGUGAAGGGGAGAAACUGGUACGUGCUCUAUUUGCAGUAGCCAGAGAACUUCAACCUUCUAUAAUAUUUAUUGAUGAAGUUGAUAGCCUUUUGUGUGAAAGACGAGAAGGUGAACAUGAUGCUAGUAGGCGUCUAAAAACGGAAUUUUUAAUAGAAUUUGAUGGUGUGCAGUCUUCUGGAGAGGACAGAAUACUUGUGAUGGGAGCAACAAACAGGCCACAGGAGCUUGACGAUGCUGUCCUCAGACGAUUCACCAAACGGGUAUAUGUGUCUUUACCAAAUGAGGAGACAAGAUUGAUUUUGCUAAAAAAUCUUCUAAGCAAGCAAGGAAGCCCAUUGACCCAAAAAGAGUUGGCACAACUAGCUAGAAUGACAGAUGGAUACUCUGGAAGUGAUUUAACCGCGUUAGCCAAGGAUGCAGCACUGGGCCCUAUUCGAGAAUUAAAACCAGAACAGGUGAAGAACAUGUCUGCCAGUGAGAUGAGAAAUAUCAAACUGUCAGAUUUCACUGAGUCUCUGAAGAAGAUAAAGCGCAGUUUGAGCCCCCAGACCCUGGAAGCCUAUAUUCGCUGGAACAAGGACUUUGGAGAUACCACAGUGUGAAACACUACUUGAAGUGAAACUUAAGUGCUGCCUAAGGAGCAAUUGGUACAGCCUGCUGGAAGGCAGCCAGAGUUUACAGGACUUUACAGAUCUUUAAGUAUCUGCAUUAAAACUUGAGAUUAAGAAAAAAUUUUACAAUGUGAAGUGUGUUCAUCAAAGCCUCCUUGCCAUUUAGUGAGGAUUUAACAGUCUGUAAGUAAGAGCACAAUAGGACUUGAGACAAGAUUCCUAGCAAUCCGAUUAUGGUUUGAACAAUAAUAUAUGCAUUUUGUUUCAGCUAGAAGGCUCUGAUGAUAUCGAUCAUUGGAAAACCUUUUCCCUAUGUUGUGUGUGUGUUUUUCCUGUUUUUAAUUUAGCUAUGACGUUGUCUGGCUUUCUUCCGUGUAACUACUAACUUUCAAUUGGAGGUUUGUAAACUUUGGUUCAGUUUUUGACUUUUUUUAUCCUUAAUGUGCCAAAUAAAACAGUUUCCCUGUGCAGAGAGGAAGAACAGCAUUGGGGAAUUAUGAUUAUUAAAACAUAAAAAGCAGCUGGUCUGUUAUUAUUAGUCUUUUUGUUUAGUUGUAAUGUGACUGUAUUGUUCACAGAACAGUUUUAAAGAAGACCUUUGAUAGCAGAACAGCAGAAAACCCAACCCUAUAAAACCAAUUCAAACUGUCUUUAAAAAAAUAAAUUACUAAAUAAAAAAAUAGACUAAGACAUUCAUUUACUGGCAGUAUUUUCUCUUAACGCAUUUUGUAACGCUUCCAUUGGUAGAAUGUUAGCUUACGCUUAUGGUGUACAACUUGAAGCCCAGCUGAUGUUUGAGAGAGUAAGUGAUGCUAAUUGUCAAGUUUCAGAAAUGACGUGUUUCUACUCUGUAUUUUGGUCUGUUUAUGAUAAUUGAAAGUAAAAUUUCCAUUGUGAUAAUUUUUUUAAUCUACACAUGUAAGCAUUAAAAUACGAGGCUACAUGUUUAAUACAUGGCACACAUUAAUGUUUUUAUAGCUUUCAUAUGUUUUGGUUUAUAUAUUAAAGUAUGAAACACUCAACUGAUCUGCUUUUUUAAAAAGAAACUGCAUCUUUGUACAAAUACAUGUUUUUAUUAUAUAAAUUACAAGCUAUAAUAAAAAAAACCACUUAAGUGAUAGUCUUUACAUACUGUAAUAAAGGAAAACAUGUUUGCCUUUACUUCUAAAGGCCUGACAUCUUGUUUACAAAUUGUACAUGGAUUAAACACAGAUGUUUGCAAGACAGAACACUAGUUCCUUGUUAGAGCAGA